AGUGUCAUUGUUUUUUUUAGGGUAACUUGUUGCUGACUGGUGACAAGGACCAACUUGUCAUGUUACUGGACCAGAUCAACACUCCAUUUGUGCGCUCCAACCCCAGCGUCCUGCAGGGUCUGCUUCGCAUCAUCCCGUACUUGUCGUUUGGCGAACUGGAGAAGAUGAGGAUCUUGGUCGAGCGCUUCAAGCCAUGCUGCAGCUUUGACAAGUAUGACGAGGAUCAUAGCGCUGAUGACAAAGUGUUUCUGGAUUGCUUCUGUAAAAUCGCUGCUGGAAUAAAAAAUAACAGUAAUGGCCAUCAGCUAAAAGAUCUUAUUCUGCAAAAAGGAAUUACACAAAAUGCGCUGGACUACAUGAAGAAACACAUCCCAAAUGCCAAAAAUCUGGAUGCUGACAUCUGGAAGAAGUUCCUCUCUCGACCUGCACUACCCUUCAUUCUAAGAUUGCUCCGUGGUUUGGCUACCCAGCAUCCCCCCACGCAGGUGCUGAUAGGCACUGAUUCAAUUACCAACCUGCACAAGCUGGAGCAGGUCUCCAGCGACGAAGGGAUUGGUACGCUUGCAGAGAACCUUCUGGAAGCAUUGAGGGAGCACAGUGACGUGAAUCUGAAGAUAGAAGCGGCGCGCAGGGAGACCAGAGCUGAGAAGAAGCGUAUGGCCAUGGCGAUGAGACAGAAGGCUCUCGGAACACUGGGCAUGACGACCAAUGAGAAGGGUCAGGUGGUGACCAAGACUUCACUAUUGAAACAAAUGGAGGAGCUGAUAGAGGAGCCAGGCUUGACUUGCUGCAUCUGUAGAGAAGGUUACAAAUUCCAGCCCACCAAGGUCCUGGGUAUUUACACUUUCACAAAGCGGGUAUCACUAGAGGAAUUUGAGAACAAGCCUCGCAAGCAGCAGGGCUACAGCACUGUGUCGCACUUUAACAUUGUCCACUACGACUGCCAUCUGGCAGCCGUCAGGCUGGCCCGUGGGCGAGAAGAAUGGGAAAGCGCCGCUCUCCAGAACGCCAACACCAAGUGCAAUGGACUGCUCCCGGUUUGGGGGCCACACGUGCCAGAAUCUGCGUUUGCUACAUGCUUAGCACGGCACAAUACAUAUCUGCAGGAAUGCACAGGCCAACGCGAGCCCACGUACCAACUCAACAUCCACGACACCAAACUGCUGUUCCUUCGCUUUGCUACCGAACAAUCAUUCAGCGUGGACACCGGAGGAGGCGGCCGAGAGAGCAACAUCCAUCUCAUCCCCUACAUCAUCCACACUGUGCUCUAUGUGCUCAACACGACACGGGCUACUUCCCGAGAGGAGAAGAACCUGCAAGGUUUCCAGGAGCAGCCGUGUGAGAAAUGGGUGGAGAGCUCGUACGAGGUCGAAGGGCCGCACUACUACACCGUCCUGGCCAUGCACAUCAUGCCGCCCGAACGCUGGAAGACCUCGCGGAUUUACUUCCUCCGGAGACUCUUGGUCAACGCACACGCCCGCAAGGUUUCGGCGAGCAGCGCCAACAAACUGACAGAUAAAGUACCAAAGGAAUAUGCAGUCUAUCGCUCGCCCCUUCUCUUCUGGGGCCUGGUGGAUCUUGUCUACGACAUGUUCAGGAAAGUUCCCACCAGCAACACGGAGGGCGGCUGGUCCUUCUCGCUUGCCGAAUACGUGCGUCACAACGACAUGCCCAUCUACGAGGCCUCGGAGCGCGUGCUCAGGGCUUUCCAGGAUGAACUCAUGCCCGCCGAAUCCUUGGCAGAGUUCUUUGAUGUUGUAGGUCUCCUCUCCGAAAUCCCAGAUCCAGAUCUCUUCCUGCAGGAUUUGUUGAACUCUUUGCCCUGACGGGUAGCGUGAUCCACCCGCGCACCAAUUCCCAAAUCAAACUGCAUCACAACUCCAUUUGGGACAUCCACCAAAUAAACACAUGUCCUCUUUGUGCACAGUGUAUCCGCCAUUGCUUUGCCCCUCGUCCCCGCCCACCCAGUGACAUCUUCAAUCGAACCUUAAGCGGAAUCGAUGUGAAAUCUUCUAAUACACUAUCGCGUGUUGAGCACACAACUAAUUCCACACAAAGCAAAUGCAGAUGACGAGGCGCUGCAAUAUCCCGGCGGUUGGAGAUGGGUCCCACGACACCAUGAGAGCGGCAUUCGAUUUUAUCUUGUUUUGCUUUUCGUUUUCCUAUUUAAGGUUUUGGUCAGCGUGUUUUAAAAUGGCGGAGAAUGCUUCACAUGCUUGUGAUCUAACUUGUCCUCCUUUGGUCGUCGUGUAUGGUUCUAACUGGAAUUUGAGUGAAAGACGCCAUUUUUGUUUAGUGUGUAUGAGCAAGGUUUGUUUUAUCAAUUUGGCAAGCAACAGCAAGAAGAAGAAGUAUUGACGCGUCAGUUUUAUUUUCAUCCUUGACACGAUGCCUUGGUCACGUUAACCUUUUGUCAAGAGUUCAUCCGUUGCAGUGAUAUUUUAGGUCUCCUGUUGCAAUACAUAAUAAAGCAGAUGUACGUUUAUAUCCCGAAACAAAUUUUGGGGGGUUUGUUUUCACUUCAAGGGUUUUUGCAUUGGAUUUUUUUUUUAAUGAGUGCUCCAAUUAAAGUUAUUCCCCCCCCCACACACACACACACACACACAAAAAAAUAGUGGCCAGAGAGCUGCUCUUUGUGGUCAGCAAGAUGCAGCCAAGUUUUACGGUCACCAAUCUUGAGUAAAAGUAGUGGCGUUUGCCAGCUGAAUGCAUGGUGUGGACUUGACUCACUUUAUUGUUCAUUCGCCCGCUGCUACAGUUGUUCAAAUGUUGCUGAAUGUCUGCUUUUUGAAUUAGCCCUAUGAUUAAUAAAGUUGAUAUAUGGUUAGGA